CGCCCGAGCGUGCUCCUCGCGGAGGGUGAUUGGCUCAGGCAGCUUUUAAACCACCUAUAUGCUAAGAAGCCUUGUGCUGCCAGUUCCUGAGGGGUCCUGGCUGGGAGAAAUUAAAGCCGAACCUUAGCCCUCUGUCAGGCGGCGUGGAGAAUUAUAUUUUGGAAGUAGUCUGCAGCGCGGACAGGAAAUGACCCCUCCAGAAACUGCUGCUUUAAACCCGAGCGGCGGUGCCUGAAGCUAUCCAGCCUCCCGCUCCCUCCGUGGAGCCUGUGCGCUCCCGCUCCCGCUGCCGCUCCCCCCCCGCUCCCGCUAUAGAGGGCUCCCACAGCAGUUCCCAGCCAGUGCGUGCAGCCUGGAUGGGUGUGUGUGUGUGCGCGCCGCUACUUUGUACUGUGAAGAACACACAGCCCAUGUGCUCUGUAUGGAUGUUGAUGAUACUCUGUGUAGCUUGAAUCUCUGCAAGCAGGCAAGAUGUCCAGCACACCACAUGACCCUUUCUAUUCUUCUCCUUUUGGCCCAUUUUAUAGGAGACACACACCAUACAUGGUGCAACCAGAGUACCGAAUAUAUGAAAUGAACAAGAGGCUGCAGUCGCGGACGGAGGAUAGUGACAACCUCUGGUGGGAUGCCUUUGCAACUGAAUUUUUUGAAGAUGAUGCAACUUUAACCCUUUCAUUUUGUUUGGAAGAUGGACCAAAGCGAUACAUUGGCAAGGAACUGGAACUGGAGAACAUCUCAGCCGGUACUUUGAGUCGCAGACAAAUCCCACUGCCUGCUAGGAGAGUCAGGACAAUUGGAAGGACCCUCAUUCCUCGUUAUUUUAGCACUGUCUUUGAAGGAGGUGUAACAGACCUGUAUUACAUUCUCAAGCACUCAAAAGAGUCAUACCACAACUCAUCCAUCACAGUGGACUGUGAUCAAUGCACCAUGGUCACUCAGCAUGGAAAACCCAUGUUUACCAAGGUAUGCACAGAAGGACGUCUUAUCUUGGAGUUUACUUUUGAUGAUCUUAUGAGAAUAAAAACAUGGCACUUUACUAUUAGACAGUACAGAGAAUUAGUCCCACGCAGCAUUCUAGCCAUGCAUGCACAAGACCCUCAGGUGCUGGAGCAGCUGUCCAAAAACAUCACUCGGAUGGGUCUGACAAACUUCACCCUCAACUACCUCAGGUUGUGUGUAAUACUGGAGCCAAUGCAGGAACUGAUGUCAAGACAUAAAACUUACAAUCUAAGUCCUCGAGACUGCUUGAAGACUUGCUUGUUUCAAAAAUGGCAGAGAAUGGUGGCCCCACCAGAACCCACAAGACAACCGACAACCAAACGGAGAAAAAGGAAAAACUCUACCAGCAGCACUUCCAACAGCAGUGCUGGGAACAAUGCAAAUAGUACCAACAGCAAGAAAAAGUCAGCUGCUGCAAACCUGAGUCUAUCAAGUCAGGUACCUGAUGUGAUGGUGGUAGGAGAACCAACUCUGAUGGGAGGCGAAUUUGGGGAUGAAGACGAAAGGCUUAUCACUAGAUUAGAGAAUACACAGUAUGAUGCAGCAAAUGGCAUGGAUGAUGAAGAAGAUUUCAACAAUUCACCUGCACUGGGAAAUAACAGCCCGUGGAACAGCAAACCUCCUGCUAACCAGGAGACUAAAUCUGAAAACCCCACACCACAAGCUUCCCAAUAGGUUAUUCUGGAGCAGUACCCACCGCAAUGUAUGUCAGUGGGUUAUUAAUUACACUUUCACACCAUCCUUCAAAACAAAAUUUAGAAAAAACACCUUUCAACAGAUACAGUAUCUAUUUCUAAACUAAAGCUAUCUGAUUUUUUUUAAGUAGGGAAAACUCUUGUAUAAGCUUCCAUAUACAUUUCUUGGAAGCAUUCACAUACAUGAUACUGGCACUGACCUCAAUUAAAAUAAUUGAAAAUUAAAUAGCAUCUCAUGGCAAAUUUAUGACAAUGCAUUUUAUUGGAAGGGGUUGGUUUUUUCCUCAUCAAACAAUGGCCAUAUUUUAACAAGUCAUCAGUGCUCAGGAUCUCAUUAACGUAACUAUGUAAAACUUUUUACAAUUGUAAUAUAUUUUCUGCUUUUCAACUUGCACCUGAAAUUUCUUGUUUCAGAAAAAGAUCAGCUUUUAAGGAAAAGUAAUUUAAAGUAACUUUUGUUCUUUCUUUAACUUUUUUUUUAUUGGUUAAUCAUUUAAAGGAUCCAGUAUUUUUAAUUUACAUUUAGCUGAUGCCAGUAGAUACUCUUUCCAUCAUUUAAUAAAAAUACUGAAACAAGAAAUGUCUUUUUUUCAUCAAAGACAUGAGAAAUAUUUUUAUGUGGAAAAAGACACCCAGUCCUAUGAGAGUUUACGCUUUGUAAAAUUGCUGUUGAUCCAGAUAUUUUAAAGCCAUGUAAUCCAUUAACUUUGUGGGCAGCUUAAUAAAUCUAAAACUUUUGUGCUUUUAUUAUUGUAUCUGAGUUGACUUUGUUGUUAUUUCUUUUCAUAGUAUAUUUCUUGUAUAAUAUUUUUGUAAAGCCCUCAAACCAUUUUUUGUUUUACUUUUUUUUUUUCUUAUUCCGGUGUAUUUAUGUGAAACUUUAUAAAAGAAACUAAUUUUUUCAUUUACAUAUUAAUAUGUUCAACUCAUCAUGUAAAGACACAGUGAGUCAGUGUGUUAUAUAAUACGACUGUAUUUUAUGUAUGCUUUGCCAAUAAGUGUGCCAAUAAACUGUGUUAACAAAUAUGCUCUUA